UUUGGGGGGGUGGGCGAAAUUAUGGGGGAGGUGUUGGAGUGCGGGGGGAGCAAUGUGGAGCUGCACAGCUAUUUCCGCUAUUGACCACAUGACCUUCGUCCUCUCUCCCCAUUGGCUCCUGCUGGCCUCGUGACUUUUAUUCUCGCUUCCCAUUGGCUCGUGCUUACCGCGUGACCUUCAUUGUCCACCGCGCUGGGUUUUUGCUGACCCCAUAUCCUUCUCCCUCGCUCCUCAUUGGCUCAUGCUGACCACAUGACCCUCAUUCUCUCUCUGCAUUGGCUCUCGCUGACCCCAGGACCUUCACCCUCGCUCCCUACGAGAUCCCUGUGACCCACGCUCGCUGUCUGCAUUGGCUCUUAGUGAUCUCGUGACCCUCACGCUCGCUCCCCAUUGGCUCUCGCUGACCACACGAUCCUCUCGUUCCUUAUUGCCUCCUGCUGGCCCUGCGGCCCUCGCCUCUCAUUGGCUGCUACUGAUCACAUGACCAUCACCCCCAGUCCUUAUUGGCUCCCGCUAACCCCAUGACCACCACCCUCACUCCCCAUCGGCUCCCACCGCCCACACGAUCCCCGUGUUCCCUAUCGCCCUUUGCUGACCCCGUGACCCUCUCCCUCUCUCCCCAUUGGCUCCCGCUGACCACAUGACGCUCAUCCUCGCUCCCCAUUGGCUCCCGCUGAGCUCUGCCCCUCCCCCUCCAGGAUGAUCGCUCAGGUCGGCUGCCACGCCCCUCGCGAGGUUUUCUUCCGGGUUGCGGCGGAAAUGUUCGCGGACGGCACUUUCAAUUGGGGCCGCGUGGUGGCGCUCUUCUACUUCGCCUGCAAACUCGUCAUUAAGGCGCUGUGCACCCGCCUCCCCCAGGUGGUGCAGACCCUCCUGGAUUGGACGGGGCAGUUCCUUCGUGAGCGAGUGCUGGCAUGGAUUAAAGCUCAGGGCGGAUGGGUACGU